UCUCUUGGUGUAACAGGGAAACCAUAUACAGAGAGAAAUUCUUCAUAAGUGAAAAGCUGACCAUUGGCAUUCAGUAGCUCGCUCAUGUUGAUUGUUUCCAUGAACGGCCGAAUAGCGCGUCGCUUUAUAAACGUUGCUGCCGCAAGGAAUUGUGGGAGGGCAUCCUCUCGUUUCCUUUCGUGAACAAUGGUCCGGCGUACCCUACGCUAAAAGGCGUUAAGAAAGGAAGCGUCUUUCUUUGGCUCUUAUCAUGGCUGCCACUUAGUUACUUCCGGGUCAUUUCACUCAGGCCACCUUCCUAAACAAAAAAAAGAAAAACACUAUUCGAACGCAGCCCGGGUUUUCGCAAAUGGCUGCCCGCUUGGCUGCAGUACUGAGAAGCUAGCAGCCCGCAACCGGCGGUGGUCUUAAAACGAAAUGCCAAAGAGAAAGAGCUAUACUGCGGAAUUUAAACUGCAGAUGGUUAAAUAUGCAGCCGAACACGGCAACCGGGCGGCGGAGCGACAGUUUGGAGUCAGUGAGAAAAUUGUCAGGGACUGGCGCAGGGCAGAGGCGACGCUCGGCGAGAUGAGAAAAACGAAGAGGGCCAAUCGCGGUCUGAAAGCUCGCUGGCCCGAGCUGGAGGGGAAAGUCCGCGAAUGGGCACUGGAGCAGCGGGCUGCGGGCAGAGCCCCGUCGACGGCGCAGUUCCGUCUCCGAGCCCAAGCGAUCGCCAGGGAGAUGAAUAUCGACGAUUUCGCGGGUGGGCGAUCCUGGUGCUACCGCUUCAUGCAGCGCAGCCGCUUGUCCAUCAGGGCACGCGUGUGUCCGACGCGGCCGCCGGACGUCCGAGCCCAGACGGCCGGUUUUCGUGCCUUCGUCGAAAAGGAAAUCGCCGCGCACGACGUGUCGCCGGAUCAUAUAGUUAACAUGGGCGAGGUGCCCUUCGCUUUCGAUGUGCCCACGAGCCGAGGUGUCGCGCGGAAGGGCCGGAGGAGCGCGAACGUCGCGACGACCGGCCGCGAGAAACUGCGCUUCACGGCGGUGCUGGCGUGCUGCGGGGACGGCAGGAAACUGCCGCCGAUGGUCAUCUUUAAGCGGAAGAACGUACCAAAAGACGCGUUCCCGCCCUCCGUGGUCGUGACCACGAACGCGAAAGGGCGGAUGGACGAGGAGACGGCGAGCUCUUGGCUAGCCAAGUGCUACGCCAAACGUCCAGACGGGCUCUCCAAAACACGCAGAGCCCUGCUGCUGGUGGGCGGCGGCACGCGAACGCGCGUCACGGCACGCGUCCAAGACCUGAUCCGAGCCUGCAACUCCAUACCUGUGCUGCCCGGGGGCUCGACUAAGUCGCCGCUGCCACUCGACAUCACCGUCGGCCGCAGUUUUAAGGCCGCCUUGCGUCGCCUGUGGGAAAGGUGGGUGGUGGACGGGGAGCGCAGCUACGCGGAGACCGGGAGGAUGUGUCACGCCACUUUUAAGGACGUUGUGGGGUGGAUCGACGGAGCGUGGGCCGCGGUGACAACCGACUCCGUCCUGUCCGGCUUCCAGAAGGCCGGGCUGAUCGGAACCGAUGCCGUGACGGGGAUGGACACGCCGCCUCAUCUCCCCUGGGGGUUACACAGCGACACGGAGGGGGGAGAAUUCAGUCGGUUGGGCGAUGCAGAUGAGAAAACCUUCACUCCCAACAUAAUCGGCCGAAAAGCCAAAGAAGAACUAAAAGUUGAGAGCGGAUAUAGAAGAGAGAGGAAGGAUGGAGAGCGGGGCGGCAGGGGUCAGCGGGAUCGAGGCAGGGGCCGUGGUCGCCCAGAGAUUAUCCAAUCCCACUCUAUCUUUGAACAAGGACCAUCGGAGGCGUCGAUGAAAAAGAGAGGCGCUUAUGAGAGUGAGAGAGAUGCCCCGGCUGUGGGUCCCUCACCCAUCAUCAAUAUCAAAAAGGAGAAGAGAGAGACAGAAGAAGAAACCAAGGAAAUUCUGCGCAAGCUGGAACGAGAAAAUUUUAUAGAUGAUCCUUAUUUGAAGAGUGAGGAGAGAAGCUGCCCUGUCCAACUUCCCCUUGCUGUAUCAGGAUGGGGAUUCAAGGAGGAGUUUAGUGAGCCUUUCCCAAAAAUUGAGAAGGUGGAAGAAGACACUGAUGUCAUGGAACCUACAGUCAAAGUGAAACAGGAGCCAAUUGAAGCAGAGAUUAAGAAGGUUGAGAUGAAUUUUAAGCCUCCACCACUCCCCGACCCUGAGAAUUUGCCUGAUCUUCUGGACAGAUGGAGUCUGAGCAAAGACGAGGAGCUCAUUUUUAUGCAGCUUCCUGAUUCCCUACCCGGCCAGCCCCCCACCAGAGAGGUCCGGGUAGUGAAGACCGAGGUGCAGCCAGAGGACGGGCAGUCAAUGCUACUGAAAUCCGAAUCUCAGGAAGAGCCAGCUGAGGAAAAUAGCUGCCACCUGAAUGAUCUGCAGGAAGGUCUCGUGGGAAAGAUGUUGGUGCGGAAGUCUGGCCGUGUGCAGCUCAUACUGGGGCAUAUCAUACUUGAUGUGUCAUUGGGAACACCAUGCGCUUUCCUCCAGGAACUGGUGUCAGUUGGGACACAGGGCCGAGUGGGUGAUAUGACUGUGUUGGGGCACAUCAAACACAAAAUGGUUUGUUCUCCAGACUUUGAGGCUCUCCUAGAAGGCAGAACCUGAUGGCCUGUAGAUCAGGGGAAGAUGAGCCUACUUUCCGCUCUUCGAAGGAGGGGUCAAAGGUGAUCAUGUACUACAUUGCAGAUCCCACAGUUUGACAAUCUGUUCACUGUUACUGCGCAAGAACUGUCCCAGAGGAACCCAAUAUCCAAACCACAAAAAUGUAGCCGUUGUGGAUUGCAUUUCAGCAUACAUUUCAAGGAUGGCUAUAGGCCGAAAAAACAUUGGAAGUCAUGAUUUUCAAUAACACCAUUGUUUACAUUUUUAUUUUAUUGCAGGAUGAACAUCUCACGGUAUAUUCAAUCUUGGCAAAUUUCAGCAUUGUCUCUUAUUUGAAUGACCUUUGCAAUACACUAGAAGAAAAUUGCUGUUACUGUACAUUGAUGUAAAUGUGUGAAUAAACUUUAACUUUGUCCUCCCA